GCGCCGGGCGGAAGGGGGAAGCUCGGCGGGGACGGCAAGAUGGCGGCCGCCAUGGCGUGGCUGAGGCGCGGAGCGUGGGGCCCGGCCCGGCGGUGCGGCCGGAGCUACAGCGCGGGCGGCGCUCCCCCCGGCGUGCCGCUGAGCUGCCCGCUGCCCGGCGUGCCCAAGGCGGUGUUCGCCGCCGCAGAGGGCCGGGAGCGCUUCGAGACGCGGGUGACGGCGCUGGAGAACGGGCUGAGGGUGGCCUCGCAGAGGAAGUUCGGGCAGUUCUGCACCGUGGGGCUGCUCAUAAACUCGGGAUCGAGGCACGAAGCGAAGUACCUCAGCGGCAUCUCGCACUUCUUGGAAAAGCUGGCCUUCUCUUCCACAGCUCAGUUUGGCAGCAAAGAUGAAAUUCUCCUCACCUUAGAAAAGCACGGGGGCAUUUGUGACUGUCAGGCUUCAAGGGACACCAUCAUGUACGCUGUUUCUGCUGAUGCCAAGGGCCUGGACACGGUGGUCAACUUGCUGGCGGAUGUGGCGCUGCAGCCCCGGUUAUCAGAUGAAGAAAUUGAGAUGACUCGAAUGGCUAUACGAUUUGAGCUUGAGGACUUGAAUAUGAGACCUGAUCCAGAGCCUCUCCUCACAGAAAUGAUCCAUGCGGCAGCCUACAGAGAAAAUACAGUUGGGCUGAACAGGUUCUGCCCAGUGGAAAACACUAACAAAAUCGACCGGCAAGUCCUGCACUCGUACCUGCGCAACUACUACACGCCCGACAGGAUGGUGCUGGCCGGGGUGGGAAUCGAGCACGAGCAGUUGGUGGAGUGUGCCAAGAAAUACCUGCUUGGCGUGGAGCCGGUGUGGGGCAGCGCGCAGGCCAAGGAUGUGGACAGAUCUGUGGCUCAGUACACGGGAGGCAUUGUCAAGGUUGAAAAAGACAUGUCAGAUGUGAGUCUCGGCCCUACUCCAAUCCCAGAACUUACCCACAUUAUGAUUGGGUUAGAAAGCUGCUCGUUUUUAGAGGAAGACUUCAUUCCCUUUGCAGUAUUAAAUAUGAUGAUGGGAGGCGGUGGCUCCUUUUCAGCUGGCGGGCCUGGCAAAGGCAUGUUCACUCGGCUGUAUCUCAAUGUGCUCAACAGGCACCACUGGAUGUAUAAUGCAACUUCUUACCACCACAGUUAUGAGGAUACAGGUCUCCUGUGCAUACAUGCCAGCGCUGAUCCAAAACAGGUUCGAGAGAUGGUGGAAAUCAUCACAAGAGAAUUCAUCCUGAUGGCAGGAGCAGUCGGAGAGGUAGAACUAGAGCGAGCAAAGACGCAGCUGAAGUCCAUGCUCAUGAUGAACCUCGAGUCUAGGCCCGUUAUCUUUGAAGAUGUGGGACGGCAAGUGUUAGCUACAAACACAAGGAAACUACCUCAUGAGCUCUGCGCCCUGAUCAGUCAGGUGAAAUCUGCUGACAUCAAAAGAGUGGUCACUAAGAUGCUUCAUAAAAAACCAGCUGUGGCUGCACUGGGUGACUUAACAGAUCUGCCCACGUAUGAACACAUCCAAGCAGCACUUUCCAGUAAGGAUGGGCGACUUCCUCGGGUGUACCGGCUCUUUCGAUAAAGCAGCGCAUCCUGCAUGUAUCUGAGAGACUUGCUUUUUUUUUAAUUUUUUUUUUGUUUAUAAUACUGCUGUGACUCCACUCCUUCCCCAGUCUUUCCAGGCAUACCGUGCAAACGUGGAGCUAUGCUACAGCUGAGCAAAGCUGCUU